UGACCAUAUUAUAUGCAUGUUAUCCGCAAACAAUAUAAACUCAAUUAUAUUGGAUAUGAGAGUACCUAUAUUGUGUGGGUUUCUUUUUUUCCUUAUGAAGAUUCACAACCCACAUGGAACCAUUUUGGAACGGCUAAAAGUUAUGACAAUCGCGAAGUUCAUUUCGAAACUUCUAACAAGGUACACAAAUGAAAUGUUACCGCUGUGGUUGUUCUUGAUUGAGUUGGUUACACUGAAUGAUCAAGUUUUUGCUGUGAACCGAAUAGUGGGAGGAAGAAAAGUCUCAAUAGAUGAUUUUCCAUAUCAACUCAGUUUAAGACUGAACGGAAAGCCAAUUUGCGGGGCAGUCUUGAUCAGCGCUGACACCGGCUUAACAGCAGCCCACUGCCUGCCCAAAUCCGGAAGUUACACGGUGAGAGCCGGAAGUUCCUCUGUCGAUUCAGGAGGAGUGAUCGUUCCAGUCAGAAGAGCCAUUUUGCAUCCAGAAAACAACCUGCGGAACGACGAUUACGAUAUCGGAAUACUAAAGUUCAGCAGACCGUUAAGGUUCUCGAACAGCAUCCGACCCGUAAAACUUCCCGAAGAAUUCCAAAGCCUGCCUGAUCACACCAAGGGAAACGUAUCAGGCUGGGGCAGCAUCUCGGGCAUCUUUCCUUUCCAACCGGAUUUUCUUCACGCCGUAGAACUACCGGUACUGCCAUCGUGGUUUUGUCAGUUCAGCUACAGAUAUAUCCGCAUCACUCCAAGAAUGUUCUGUGCAGGGUACAGAGAAGGAGGUAGAGAUUCUUGUCAGGGUGAUUCGGGAGGACCAUUUGUUGUGAACGGCAUUCUUUAUGGUCUAGUGUCGUGGGGAUUCAACUGUGCCCAACCAGGAUAUCCAGGGGUGUACACAAAUAUACCAGCACUUCGAAAAUACAUCAGACAAAAUGCAGGAGUGUGAAAUUUUAGUCCACAAAUCAUUAAUAUAUGUAUAAGUAGGUAGGUAUAGUAAACUUCAUAUGCAAAAUGCUUGUAAAUAUAAAGAUAAACUAAAUUUGUC